CGCAAUCACAACCGUGUGCCCCGCCUUCUUCGGCGGAGAUCGAACCAGUUUCUCUCCAGACCGGUCCUCGGCGGUAGGAGUGAGUCAGUAGCCGUGAUGGAGCCGCGGACGACGCUCCUGCUGGCGAUGGCGCUGACUGUGGUUGUUAGCAAUCCUGGAGGGAGGGAGAUUCUUCGAGGUCCCACGAUGCCUGUUGUCAAGAACUACUUCACAACUGAUAGGACGAAAGUGGUGCUGACCUGUGAGCCAGAGCGCUUCUUGGUGCGCAUCAACUUCACGCAGCCGUUCCGAGGCGUCGUUCACGCUGGCGACAAACGCGACAACUGCCGCAUCCGGGGCAAUGGGUCGCACCGCUACACGCUGCCUGUGCCGCUCAAUGACUGCAGUACAACGCACAACGACGCGACGGGCAGCUUCACGAACAGCCUGACGAUCCGGUUUCACCCGUCACUGGAGCUUGAAGGGGACGAGAUUAAAACUCUAGUCUGCAAAUUCACCACAGGGGACGUGAACCUGGGAUGAUAUAGAUGGGGACACUGUAAAGGCAUGCACAACACUCGGCCCAACAUCACGGAGUACAAAUGGUCUGUCAUGCACUAAGUCAUCCUUAAACCGCAAUUUUCUCUCAGUGGAGCUCGUUAAUACGAACCAAGGAUUGCACUUUACAAGAGACCUGCUCUUGACACCCCCCUGCUGCUCGAAUCCCUUAAACAACGAGUACGCAUUUGUCAGGAUGAUUUGCUUGCAGGCAGGUUCAGAAACUCUCCCCACAAGGUAGAAAAUUAUAGAGCAGUGCUAACUUGAAAAUAUUAGAACAAUGCAAAGAACACCAAAUAAAUUAUACAACGUGCAGCAGCGCCUGCAACCAAUUAAGUAUGUUUUACAUUCAUGUUGUCGUGUAGAACCUAUUGCUAGACAAACAAAGAAGAGCGUGAUAUACAAGCAAUAUUCUUCGUGCGUGGAAACAAGCAGCUUCAAAAGUGAUGCCAGAAAACUAAACGGUUUAAAAUAAUGAAAAUGCAUUUUAUACGCGUCUUCGGUCAGCAGCAUCGCCAACGCUCGGCGUGUUGGGCUUGCUCGCCUCGCGCUGCUGGUCGCAGGCAUCUUCCUCGACG